UCUGAGCAUCAUCCACCGGAGAGAUUGCACACUUAUCCGCCACGCUCACAGAGAAUCAACGGUCAACACGCAACAAAUCCACAUAUACACGGCCGCUCAGAACGUGCCGCCAGAAGUAGUCCGUCCGCCGCCGAACCAACAACAAGCCCCGAAGGCAAACGACAGAAAGAAGAGGAAAGAAGAGUCCUCCCCUCCUAUCGAAGAAGAAGAAGCAAGACUUCAGGAGGAAACCCGUGAGUGCCACGGCAUCAGUUUAUCGCCGGUAGAGCCCAGAAGAAGAACCGAAGAUGCCAGCCCCAAAGGCCCAGGAGGGAGAGGAUCCCGAUCCGACUCCAUACCUCUUCGUCUCCCUCGAGCAGAAGAGGAUCGAUCAGACGAAACCUUACGACGCGAAGAAGGCAUGCUGGGUGCCCGACGAAAAGGAGGGCUAUCUCCUCGGUGAGAUCAAAGCCACCAAGGGCGACGUCGUCAGCGUUGGCUUGCCUGGCGGCGAGACGAAACAGUACCGCAAGGACCAGCUGUCCCAAGUAAACCCGCCGAAAUUCGAGAAAGCCGAAGAUAUGGCCGACCUGACCUAUUUGAACGAGGCGUCGGUGUUGCACAAUCUGAAGCAGCGUUACUACGCCAAACUGAUCUACACCUAUUCCGGCCUGUUCUGCGUGGCUAUUAAUCCCUACAAAAGAUUCCCCGUAUACACCGGUAGGUGCGCCAAAUUAUACCGUGGCAAGAGGCGUAGUGAGGUGCCACCUCACAUUUUCGCCAUUUCUGAUGGAGCCUACGUCAACAUGCUUACCAAUAACGAGAACCAGUCUAUGUUGAUCACCGGUGAGUCUGGUGCCGGAAAGACUGAGAACACGAAGAAAGUAAUCGCGUACUUCGCCACCGUCGGUGCCUCGACUAAGAAAGAAAAGGAGUCAGACGCGAGUCAGAAGAAAGGCUCUCUGGAGGACCAAGUCGUCCAGACCAACCCCGUCCUGGAGGCCUUCGGUAACGCCAAGACCGUCCGUAACGAUAACUCUUCUCGUUUCGGUAAAUUCAUCCGUAUUCACUUCGGUCCAUCCGGAAAGCUGGCCGGUGCCGAUAUUGAGACAUAUCUGCUGGAGAAGGCUCGUGUCAUCUCUCAACAAACCCUCGAACGUUCCUAUCACAUCUUCUAUCAGAUGAUGUCCGGUUCAGUCAAGGGACUGAAGGCGAUGUGUCUGCUGUCCAACAACAUCACCGACUACUACUUUGUAUCGCAAGGCAAGACGACGAUUCCUGGCCUCGAUGACGGCGAAGAGCUUUUGGUUACCGAUCAAGCUUUCGACGUGUUGGGCUUCACCCAGGAGGAGAAGGAUGACAUCUACAAAAUCACCGCGGCUGUUAUGCACAUGGGUGGCAUGAAAUUCAAGCAAAGGGGUCGUGAGGAACAAGCUGAAGCAGAUGGCACUGAAGAAGGUGACCGCGUGGCCAAGCUGCUUGGCUGCGACUGUGCCGACCUUUACAAGAACUUGCUGAAGCCAAGGAUCAAGGUCGGUAACGAGUUCGUCACCCAGGGUCGUAACAAGGACCAGGUAGCCUAUUCCGUAGGCGCCAUGUCAAAGGCGAUGUUCGAUAGGCUAUUCAAGUGGCUGGUAAAGAAGUGUAACGAGACCCUGGAUACCAAGCAAAAGAGGCAGCACUUUAUCGGUGUACUGGAUAUUGCCGGUUUCGAGAUCUUCGACUUCAACAGUUUCGAGCAGCUGUGCAUCAAUUUCACCAACGAGAAGUUGCAGCAGUUCUUCAACCACCACAUGUUCAUCCUCGAGCAAGAGGAGUACAAGCGCGAGGGCAUUGAAUGGACAUUUAUUGACUUCGGCAUGGAUCUCCAGCAGACUAUCGAUUUGAUCGAGAAGCCUAUGGGUAUUCUCUCCAUUCUUGAGGAAGAGUCUAUGUUCCCCAAGGCCACCGAUAAGACCUUCGAGGAGAAAUUGAACAACAACCAUCUCGGCAAAAGUCCCAACUAUCUGAAGCCGAAGCCGCCCAAGCCGGGCCAGCAAGCGGCCCACUUCGCCAUCGGCCAUUAUGCUGGCAAUGUACCAUACAACAUCACUGGUUGGCUAGAGAAGAACAAGGAUCCGCUGAACGACACGGUGGUCGAUCAAUUCAAGAAAUCUUCUAACAAAUUACUGGUGGAGAUCUUCGCUGAUCAUCCCGGUCAGUCCGGUGAUGCUGGCGGCGGCGGCGGCGGCAAGGGCGGACGUGGCAAGAAGGGUGGUGGCUUCUCCACUGUGUCGUCCUCUUAUAAGGAGCAGUUGAACAACCUGAUGACCACUUUGCGUGCCACCCAGCCUCACUUUGUCCGUUGUAUCAUCCCCAACGAGUUGAAGCAGCCGGGUGUGAUUGACUCCCAUCUGGUUAUGCAUCAGCUCACCUGUAACGGUGUGCUUGAAGGCAUCCGUAUCUGUCGUAAAGGUUUCCCCAACAGAAUGGUGUAUCCUGAUUUCAAGCUACGGUACAAGAUCCUGGCGCCCGCGGCAGUUGACAAGGCGAAGGAGCCCAAGGACGCAGCCGCGGCUAUUUUGGACUCCACCGGUCUCGACGCUGAUAUGUACCGUCUUGGACACACCAAGGUAUUCUUCCGUGCCGGAGUCCUGGGUCAGAUGGAAGAGCUUCGCGAUGAGCGUCUUAGCAAGAUCGUGUCCUGGAUGCAAGCUUACAUCAGAGGUUACCUGUCCCGUAAAGACUAUAAGAAACUCCAGGAACAACGUUUGGCCCUUGUGGUCGUCCAGAGGAACUUGAGGAAAUACCUCCAACUUCGCACCUGGCCGUGGUGGAAGUUGUGGCAGAAGAUCAAGCCUCUACUCAACGUCACUCGCAUCGAGGACGAGAUGGCCGCGCUGGAAGAGAAAGCCAGGAAGGCGCAGGAGGCAUUCGAGAAGGAGGAGAAGCUACGCAAAGAGCUGGAGGAUAUGAAUUCCAAGCUCCUCAGCGAGAAGACCAACUUGCUACGCCAGUUGGAAGGUGAGAAGGGCUCGCUCUCCGAGUUCCAAGAGAAAUCCUUGAAACUAGCCGCACAAAAGGCUGAUCUCGAAUCACAGCUUCAGGAUCUCACCGACAGAUUCAAGGAAGAGGAGGACGCGAGAAACAAUCUCUUCCAGAACAAAAAGAAACUCGAGCAAGAAGUAUCUGGCUUGAAGAAAGAUAUCGAGGAUCUCGAAUUGAACUUGCAAAAAUCCGAGCAGGAUAAGGCAACAAAAGACCAUCAAAUCAGAAACCUAAAUGAUGAAAUCGCUCACCAAGACGAGCUCAUCAAUAAGCUUAAUAAGGAGAAGAAGAAUCAAGGUGAAGUUAACCAGAAAACUGGUGAGGAGCUCCAGGCCGCCGAGGACAAAGUCAACCACCUCAACAAAGUCAAACUUAAGCUCGAACAGACUCUUGACGAGCUUGAGGACUCUCUGGAGCGUGAGAAGAAGUCACGUGCCGACGUAGAAAAGGCGAAGAGGAAAGUGGAAGGCGACCUGAAGCUCACGCAGGAAGCCGUUGCUGAUCUCGAAAGAAACAAGAAGGAACUCGAACAGACCAUUCAACGCAAAGACAAGGAAUUGUCGUCUCUAACUGCCAAACUUGAGGAUGAACAGUCCUUAGUCGGUAAACUACAGAAGCAGAUUAAGGAAUUGCAGGCUCGCAUCGAAGAACUCGAGGAAGAAAUCGAAGCAGAACGCGGUGGACGCGCCAAGGCUGAGAAGCAACGUAGCGAUCUCGCUCGCGAACUUGAGGAGCUUGGUGAACGCUUGGAAGAGGCUGGCGGUGCCACUUCUGCUCAGAUUGAAUUGAACAAGAAGCGAGAGGCUGAGCUUAGCAAGCUCCGCAGGGAUCUCGAGGAAGCCAACAUCCAGCACGAAUCCUCAUUGGCCAGCUUGCGCAAAAAGCACAAUGAUGCCGUGGCCGAGAUGGGUGAACAAAUUGAUACUCUCAACAAACUUAAGGCUAGGGUUGAAAAGGAGAAGGUGCAGUACUAUAGCGAGUGUAACGACUUGCGCACAUCCUGCGACCACCUGAGCAACGAGAAGGCCGCCCAAGAGAAGAUCGUCAAGCAAUUGCAGCACCAAUUGAACGAAACUCAAGGCAAGCUUGAAGAGGUGAACCGUACUCUAAACGACUUCGAUGCCGCGAAGAAGAAACUAUCGAUCGAGAACAGUGACCUGUUACGCCAGCUGGAGGAAGCCGAGUCGCAGGUCAGUCAGCUGUCUAAGAUUAAGAUUUCGCUUACCACACAAUUGGAAGACACCAAGAGGCUUGCGGACGAAGAGUCGCGCGAGCGCGCUACUUUACUCGGUAAAUUCCGCAAUCUGGAACACGAUCUGGACAACAUCCGCGAGCAAGUGGAGGAGGAGGCUGAGGGCAAAGCUGAUCUUCAACGUCAACUCAGCAAGGCCAAUGCCGAGGCACAGCUCUGGCGCACCAAAUACGAAUCUGAAGGUGUCGCUCGGGCUGAAGAGCUUGAGGAGGCGAAGAGAAAGCUACAAGCCAGGCUGGCCGAGGCUGAAGAGACCAUUGAAUCGCUCAAUCAAAAGGUUAUCGCUCUGGAAAAGACCAAACAACGACUAUCCACUGAAGUGGAGGAUCUGCAAAUUGAAGUGGAUCGCGCUACUGCUAUCGCCAACGCUGCCGAAAAGAAACAGAAAGCCUUCGACAAGAUUAUCGGGGAAUGGAAGCUCAAAGUCGACGAUCUCGCUGCCGAACUGGAUGCUAGCCAGAAGGAGUGCCGUAACUACAGCACUGAACUCUUCAGGCUUAGAGGCGCAUACGAGGAAGGCCAGGAACAAUUGGAGGCAGUACGUCGUGAGAACAAGAAUCUCGCCGACGAGGUGAAGGACCUACUGGACCAGAUCGGCGAAGGUGGCCGCAACAUUCACGAAAUCGAGAAGGCUAGAAAGCGUCUGGAGGCUGAAAAGGACGAACUUCAGGCAGCUCUGGAAGAGGCCGAAGCUGCUCUCGAGCAGGAAGAGAACAAGGUGUUGCGCAGUCAGCUUGAACUUAGCCAGGUCAGACAGGAAAUUGACCGCCGCAUCCAAGAGAAAGAAGAGGAAUUCGAGAACACCAGGAAGAAUCACCAGCGCGCCCUCGACUCCAUGCAAGCUUCCCUCGAAGCAGAGGCCAAGGGCAAAGCUGAGGCGCUGCGCAUGAAGAAGAAACUGGAGGCGGACAUCAACGAGCUAGAAAUCGCAUUGGAUCACGCGAACAAGGCAAACGCUGAGGCACAGAAGAACAUCAAGCGAUACCAGCAGCAGCUCAAGGACGUGCAGACCGCGCUUGAGGAGGAGCAGAGAGCACGUGACGAAGCCCGGGAACUUCUUGGCAUCUCGGAGCGCCGCGCUAAUGCUUUGCAGAACGAGCUUGAGGAAAGCCGCACUCUCCUUGAACAGGCAGAUCGCGGUCGUCGCCAGGCCGAGCAGGAACUUGCUGAUUGUCACGAACAGUUGAACGAACUGAGUGCCCAGAAUGCCUCCAUUUCUGGCGCCAAGAGGAAACUCGAGGCCGAAUUGCAGACCCUCCACUCCGAUUUGGAUGAGUUGCUGAACGAGGCGAAGAACUCGGAGGAGAAGGCGAAGAAGGCGAUGGUGGACGCGGCUAGGUUGGCCGAUGAGCUACGCGCUGAGCAGGAUCAUGCCCAGACUCAGGAGAAGCUGCGCAAGGCCUUGGAGACGCAGAUCAAGGAGUUGCAAGUGCGCCUGGACGAGGCCGAGGCGAAUGCCCUCAAGGGUGGCAAGAAGGCUAUUCAGAAGCUGGAACAACGCGUGCGCGAGUUGGAGAACGAGCUCGAUGGCGAACAAAGGAGACAUGCCGACGCCCAGAAGAACUUGCGCAAAUCCGAGCGCCGCAUCAAGGAGCUGAGCUUCCAGGCGGACGAGGACCGUAAGAAUCACGAGCGCAUGCAGGAUCUGGUUGACAAGCUUCAGCAGAAGAUCAAGACAUAUAAGAGACAGAUCGAGGAAGCGGAGGAAAUUGCCGCGUUGAAUCUUGCCAAGUUCCGCAAGGCGCAACAGGAACUCGAGGAAGCUGAGGAGAGGGCGGACCUCGCUGAACAGGCAAUCACCAAGUUCCGCACCAAGGGACGUGGCGGAAGUGCCGCGCGUGGACUCAGCCCAGCGCCACACCGACCUAUGUUAAAACCUGAAUUAGAUGGUCCCCUAUUACCUCGCCGUUUUCCCGGCUUCGACAUGCAGCCCGAUGGUGAACUGUAAAGCUUCUUCCGAGGUUCGCGUAAAUAAUUAGUAAAAGCAACCAAAAAAAAAAGAAUCAAAAAU